UUUUAUGAAAUUGCGUAGUUUUUUUCUUCUCACAAACUUUUCUCGUAUAUACAGAUAUUCUUUUGGUUGCUAUUAUUAUAAUUGUAAAAGAAUUUAACAUAAACGACUGUUAGCACAAAGUGUGGCGUGUAUGCACCGAUGUAAAACUCAGUUCACAAGAUUACUUCGCGGCUCAGAGUAAGCCGCGCGGCCCCAACAACAUCACGGCGUUAUUGGUCCAAGGAGAUCGCCACACGCGGAAUGAAUGGAGUUCCGCGUGUCAGCAGAACAACGGAACGACUCGUAACUAGACGGACGGCCAAUAAAAAACGACGCGAGGCAUGCGUAUCGCGCCGCGUAGUAAAGACUAGAAAAACAAACUGAACGAUACGCCUGCGAAGGGACAGCCCGCGAGAGGGUAGUGGACGUUGGUGAAUCGCCGAUAAAGGCGUAAAUUUCGUUGGCAAUGCGUGCGAACCAGUCGGCAAAGUGCACGAACUCGCAGCUGGUCUUGAGGCAUGUCGCGCUGAUUACUUUCACCCGCUGAUCCGUUCGACGAGUGCGCGAGGUCAACGCAGUCGAGAGGAAACUUCCGCGCGCGGAUUCCUCAUUUGGUUUUUCGAGAACCGAGACAUCUUUCGUACGCGACGACUCGCAAACGGGGCGAUAAAAUCCGCGAAGCCUGUGCGGGGGCUUUUCCUCGCGCGACACACGACGCCUUUAACGUGCGUCCGCAUGCGUAAUAAUUGUCUGCUUUUCCGACGGGCCGAUCGAAAUACAGUGUCCCGACCGGAGAGCACUCUCGGGGUACACAGCGAAGAAAGAGAAGUUGCUGUAAUGGCCGCCGUGUCAUGAAAUGAAGGUGCCGAGCCAGUUUUGUGGUGCCACAAUGGAGGAUAGCUGCAGCCCCGCGUCCCAAAAUCACAACGGCCAGUUAGCCGGCGGCGCGAAUGUAUCCCUUGCCAACAACAAGCACCAGGGCGGCAGCGACAAUGGCAGCAACGGCGACGCCAAGGACCAGCGACCACAGUACUCGAUGCCUGGUAUCCUGCACUUUAUUCAGCACGAAUGGGCCCGCUUCGAACUUGAGAGGUCCCAGUGGGAGCUGGACAGAGCAGAAUUUCAGGCUAGGAUAGCUUUUCUCCAAGGUGAAAGAAAAGGACAGGAAAAUUUAAAGAAUGAUCUUGUAAGAAGAAUAAAAAUGUUAGAGUAUGCACUUAAGCAAGAAAGAGCAAGGUACCAUAAGUUAAAAUAUGGUACUGACUUAGUAAUGCAAGGAGAUAUCAAACCACCUCUUUACGAAGAAGGAACUACGUGCAAUACUUCUGAAGGUGGAGGUAGCGGAGGUAAUGAAAGUGGUGGUAAUGGAGGUGGAGGAGGAGGGGAUGGAGAAGCUUCAUUCACAUCUGUCAGUAAUGUUAGUUGGAGACAAGGUCGUCAACUUUUAAGGCAAUAUUUGCAAGAGAUUGGAUAUACUGACACAAUAAUAGAUGUUCGGUCAAACAGAGUACGGUCACUGCUUGGCUUGAACAAUAAUACAGACACAGAAGAAAUAAAUACUCCAGCGUUAAAUGGAAAUGAAGGAGUAUCGCAGGAUAAACGAGAAUAUAGUAAGGAUAAGAAUGAAUAUAAUAACGAAAUGCGUCGAGGAAAACAGCAACAUCCUCCAAAAAAGCAACAGCCAUCUUCUAUAGCAGAAGCAAUGAUAUUGGAUACAGAAGCAGCUGUUAUAGCAAAUUUUGAAUUUUUGGGUCACACAGAUAUGGACAUGGAAGAGGAAGAAGGAGAUGUAGAGGAUGAAAUUUAUGACGCAAGUGCAGAUACCAAACCAAAUAAAGUAAUAAUAAAUAACCAAAAAACUACCAAACCCAAUAAAGAAUCUAUUCCUCUUUUAGCAGAGGAUGUCGAUACAGAUGCGGAGGCAGAAGAAGUAUUAAAUGAAUUAAAUCUCCUCACAGAAAUUGAAGAAUCUCCACCUGGUUCUAUUCAUCUUGAAAUGAAUUCCUCAGAAUGGAAUGCGUUACACAGAGGAUUGCAAUCAGAUCCAAGACGCCCAAAUAAAGAGGGGGAUUCAACUCUGGAAUUAGGAGAAUUAGAACAAUUAUGUGUUAGCAAUGAAGCUGAAAUAACAUAUGAUAUGGUUUCUACGAAGGAAACGUUCAGAAAAACAUGGAACGCGAAAUACACAUUACGAUCGCAUUUCGAUGCCGUCAGAGCACUUGUCUUCCAUCCCACAGAUCCAGUCCUCAUCACCGCGAGCGAUGAUCACACUCUGAAAUUGUGGAAUCUUCAUAAGACUGUUCCAGCUAAAAAGUCAGCUUCAUUAGACGUAGAACCACUUUACACAUUCAGAUCGCAUACUGGACCUGUAUUGUGUUUAGCAAUGUGCAGUUUAGGCAAUCGAUGUUACAGCGGUGGUCUGGACGGCAAUAUUCAUUGCUGGACCCUUCCAUCAGCUAAUAUCGAUCCCUAUGACUCGUACGAACCAAGUGUCCUUAGUCACACAUUAAGAGGGCACACAAACGCUGUUUGGGGAUUGAGUAUGUAUCAUCUGCGUCCCACUAUGCUGUCGUUCAGCGCGGACGGAACUGUAAAGUUAUGGGCUCCGCAGGCCACGCAACCUCUUCUCAAUACGUAUGUCUCGGAACAAGACGGCAUACCGACUUCAGUUGACUUUAUCAGGGACGAACCGCAUAAGUUGGUCGUGGCUUACGAAGGAGCUUGCGUGGUAUUUGACACUGAAACCGGUGCGAUCGUGGCGCGGCUCGAAGCGAACGAGACAAAGGGCGUAAAUCGCGUCGUAGCACACCCGACAUUACCGCUGGUUGUAGCCGCACACGAGGAUCGACAUAUUCGAUUUUACGACCACCGGUCGGCCACUCUUGCUCACGCGAUGGUGGCGCACUUGGAUGCAGUUACUAGUCUCGCAGUAGAUCCUCAUGGUUUAUACUUACUUUCAGGAAGUCACGAUUGCAGUAUAAGAUUAUGGAACAUGGACAACAAGACCUGCGUUCAGGAGAUAACAGCGCAUCGGAAGAAAUUCGACGAAAGUAUUUUAGACGUAGCGUUUCACCCGUCACGACCGUUUAUAGCGAGCGCCGGCGCCGACGCUCUCGCCAAAGUGUUUGUGUGAAAUGUAUAAAUCCAAGAUAUAUACUCGCUACAUCAAAAUGAUUUCUACUACUACAUCAAAUCGAGCAGUUUUAUACUCGUAUUCUUUUUUAGAUAGUCUUUAUAACUUUAUGUGAUUCACCCGUGAACACACUUCCAAUUUCCGUUAUGAACUCUGACCGUUCUGACCAUCUUGUGAAAAGAAAUAAUGAUUUAUAUAAAGAAAUCAAAUCUCUCUUCUCGACCAUGUAGAGAGGGAGUGAGAGAAAAUUAUUCAUUAAAACAAAAAAUGAAAAUUUAACUCUUGUCUGUGACACAUGUCUAUGAAGAAAGAUAAUUUUAAAUGUAAAGGCUACUUAAAACAAACUGAUGUUGCUCAUUAAGUAGCCGAGACACUAUUUGGAAUAGCGGGAAGGGGUCUAUCACAUGUAGAAUAUUAGCAGAUGUAAUCCUGAUAAAAUUAGAGAGGAACCAACCCCUUACCCACAGAAUCCAGAAAGUACACUGCCGCGGUAGCGUAAUAUUUAUCCUUACGUUAACUAUUUAUUACCAAUAUUGCCGUUACACUGUUGCACAGCUACUGAGGAUUACUACAAACGUAAUAAUCGAUGAGAUAUACAGUUGCCCUAAUAAAAAAAAAAAAAAAAAUGCAUUAAUUAGUCUCCCAUUA